AUGGAUUAUAUGUCUAUCCUCAAUUUCCUCUACUCGCAACUCUUCGUUACACCCCAGUACCCAGAGCAGUCAUGCAAAGGACAGGUUUUCAUCGUGACUGGAGCGAACGUCGGGCUUGGGUUCGAAGCAUCUCGUCAUCUGGUACGCCUUGGAGCAGAGAAGGUCAUCCUCGCAUGUAGAAAUCUUGAGAAGGGUGAAGCAGCGGUCAAGGAUAUCGAAAAGAGUACCAAAAGAAUUGGCGUUGCAGAGGUGUGGUUGCUAGACCUGUCCUCCUUCGAAAGUGUCGAGGAGUUUGCCAAGAAGGUCGAUACCUUGCCUCGCAUCGAUGCUAUAGUCGAGAAUGCUGGCAUCAACACCAAGGACUUUAAGCUGUUCGAGGGCAACGAGUCCACAAUCACAGUGAACGUGAUCUCGACCUUCCUUUUGGCUCUUCUUGUUCUGCCUGCACUGAAGCGAUCAUCCCAAAAGCACAACAUUCAACCUACGCUCACAAUUGUCGCCUCCGAAGUUCAUCAUUGGACGAAUCUACCAGAAAGGAACAAGGGCGAUUCGAUCUUCGACGCUUUGGCAACUCCUGAGCUUUCUGAGAUGCGCGAAAGAUACGAAGUCAGCAAGCUGAUGGAUGUCUUCUGUACUCGAGCCUUGGUUGAGAAAACUUCUCCAUCAUAUCCAGUAACCAUCAACACCAUGAAUCCUGGCUUCUGCUACAGCGAGUUGUCUAGAGAAUACAACGGAUUUGCCUUCCGGUUGUUGUACAAGCUUCUGGCUAGGACAACCGAAGUGGGUAGCAGAACACUUGUCGCAGCCGCACUUGCUUCACACGAUACUCACGGUCAAUACAUGAGCGACUGUAUGGUUGAGGAGCCUGCCAAGUUUGUUAGGAGCGACGAGGGCAAAAGAACACAGGAGAGAGUGUGGGCAGAGUUGAGUGCUAAGCUGGAAGCCAUCCAGCCUGGCAUCCUCAAAAACAUCUAA